CUCAACUGCAAUAGACUACUCCAUCUACACUCUUCUAUUUAGACUUAAUAAUAAUUACAUCAUGUCAUCAACACCAGACCCGGCCAACGGCCCAUCCCAUCCUGCCCUAUACAGGACAGAAACGAGGCAAUCCCUCGAGAACCGCGGGAUAUCAGAAAAAGCACCCCCUACUGACUACAACUAUCCCGAUGUCGGACGAGAAGAAGACCCCGUCUUCCCAGAGGAAUACACCGUCGAAACCAACACUGGCCUUGUCCCCGAACGAACCCUCGAACAGAUGCGCUCCCGCACAUCCUCGCAUCACACAUCAAGCUCCGACAUCGAGAAAGCCAAAGAACCAGCAGAAUUCGUCACCUUCACCAUAAACGAUCCCGAAAAUCCCUUCAACUGGUCUCGUACAUACCGCUGGUACGUCACAAUGAUCGCCUCUCUCCUUGUCGUCUGUGUCGCCUACGGCUCCGCCAUUGUCACCGGUGGCCUCGGCCUCAUCGAAGAGAAGUACCACGUCUCGCUCGAAGUCGCGACCCUCACCUGCUCCAUCAUGGUCUGUGGAUUUGCCGUUGGCCCUCUCCUCUGGUCGCCUCUGUCUGAAAUAAUUGGCCGCCGUCCCGUCUACAUCAUCUCUCUCGUCCUCUACACCAUCUUCAACAUCCCCUGCGCCCUGUCCCCUAACAUCGGUGGCCUUCUCGUCUGCCGCUUCCUCUGCGGUGUCUUCUCUAGCUCCGGUCUCUCCCUUGCCGGCGGCACCAUUGCCGACAUUUGGAACCUCGAAGACCGCGGCAUGGCCAUCGCCUUCUUCGCCGCGGCCCCCUACUGCGGACCCGUCAUCGGUCCCAUCGUCUGCGGCUGGAUCACCGUCGGCGCCCACCGUCUCGACCUCUUCUUCUGGACCAACAUGGCCUUCGCCGGCGCCGUACUGAUUCUCGUCGCUCUAAUCCCAGAGACCUAUGCCCCCGUAAUUCUUAAACGCCGCGCUGCCCGUCUCCGCAAGGAAACGGGAAAUCCCAACAUCAUCACAGAGCAGGAGAAGCACAAACUCACCCUGAACGAUAUCAUCCGCACCAGCCUCAUUCGCCCCAUCACCAUGAUCCUGACCGAGCCCGUCCUUGAUCUUAUGUGCAUGUACAUCGUGCUCAUCUACAGCAUGCUCUACGCUUUCUUCUUCGCCUACCCAGUCAUCUUCGGAAAGUUGUACAACUACAACGACGGCCAGAUCGGGCUGAUGUUCAUUCCCAUCCUUAUCGGGGCGGGUUUCUCCCUUCUCUUUACACCCCUAGUCGAGAAGCACUUCCACCGCAUAUGUCUUUCCCGUCCACCCACGCCCGAAGAUAGACUCAUCGGGGCGCUCAUCGGUGCGCCAUUCGUGCCUAUCUCGCUCUUUAUUCUCGGUGCUACUUCGUUCAAGCAUAUUAUUUGGGUCGGGCCGGCCUCAUCGGGAAUUGCGUUCGGGUUCGGUAUGGUGCUGUGCUAUUAUGCGGUCAAUAACUAUAUCAUUGAUAGUUAUCAGAAGUAUGCGGCAUCGGCGCUGGCUGCAAAGGUGUUUUUGAGAUCGGGUGGAGGUGCGGCCUUCCCGUUGUUUAUUACCCAGAUGUAUGAUAGACUGGGAUUGCAAUGGGCGUCGUGGUUGUUGGCGUUUAUCGGGGUCGGGAUGGUGUUCAUUCCGUAUGUGUUCUAUCUGUUUGGCGGGAAAUUGAGGGGGAAGUUGGGGAGGAAGGAGUAGAUUUGGGUAUGGAGAGUAGACAAGUAUGUGGUGUUAAUGAUGAUAAUAGAUUAUUAGAUUUGAUAUAUGGAUA